GCGGUCGCCGCCGCCUGGCCCAACCGCCUGCUGCUGGGCUGCUUCGUCGUGCACUACGCGCACAGGGCACUCAUAUUUCCUCUUCUGAUCCGGGAAGGAAAACCAACGCCAUUUUUCACUUUUGUGCUAGCGCUUCUAUUCUGUGUUUACAAUGGAUACUUGCAAGGCCGAAGCUUAAGCAACUAUGCAAAAUACCCUUCAGGCUGGUUAAAAGGUCCAUGUUUCAUUACAGGUUUUAUAGGAUGGUUGACUGGCAUGGCAGUCAAUAUUCAUUCUGAUCACAUUCUCAGAAAUCUGAGAAGACCAGGGGAAACUGGUUACAAGAUACCGAGAGGAGGAAUGUUUGAGUAUGUCAGUGGAGCCAACUUUUUUGGAGAGAUCUUGGAAUGGUUUGGUUUUGCCCUUGCCUGCUGCACCACUGAAAGCCUUGCAUUUGCGUUGUGUACGCUCUUCAUCUUGGGUUCAAGGGCAAAGCAACACCACCAAUGGUACCUUGAGAAAUUUGAAGACUACCCAAAGAACAGAAAAACUCUGAUCCCUUUUGUGUACUGAGUUGUGCUUUUACCACUGUUUUUGAAAUGGAUGCUUCUUGUAACAUAUAACACUUCUAGGUGUUGGCAGGUUAACAUACCGUGAUCAUCACUGUGACAAAGCCUUUGCAUCAGUGCUGCUGUUAGUUACUGCUUUUCCUCUUAAUGAAAAUACAGAAUGUGAUAGACAUGGUGGAUAGGAACAGAAAUGCUUUUCCAACAGUGGAGGACCAUCAUAAAUACAUUAGGCAAUGUGUCUAAAUUCACAUCAUGGAAAGUACUGGACAGGACUUCUGGUGCUUCCUCUUCUACCUGUGCAGGCUUCUGCUGCUUCCACUUGAUUUAGCUACGCUGUCCUGAAGAUUGUGCCAUGAGCCCAUUGGUGUGUUCUGCCUGUUAUUUGCCAGCAUACACAAAUGGGGUUGAUUUUUUUGCUGCCUUCCUAAUCCUUUGCCCCACCUCUAUUUCCAGGAGCACUGAUGGUGCAGACCAAGGACAUUAGAUGAACAUUGUUGCUGUUAGGUGAGAGACAGUGUUCUUCCUCCUCUUUGCACUCUUACACAGGUGUGGACACUUUAUAGAUAAUACUUAAUGCUAUUUACAUAGAUAGUUGUAGUGCUACCUUUCCCAAAUAAUAGGUUAAAGUUGUCAUCCACCUCUCAAAUUUAAUAACUAUCUCAAUAUUCAGUGUGCAUUUUCUCACUCAACACUUUUGGGAGGCAUUUUUUAUUUGCGAUACUUAGGCCAGUCUAGUACUGUUAACAAUUAUGUAUUGUUUUCUUAACUUACUUUAUAAAAAAAAUGUAAGAUUUUUACAAAAUUCUCUUACUAUGCUGUUUUAAAAAAGUGUCUUCCUUCUCGUUGAUAAUGAUCUAGAUGAUUUUAUAUUCAAAAAACCUAGAAUCUUUUAGUGCAGCUUGUUUUAUUAAUCUCAGUUCUCAUACCCCUACAUUUUUCUCCUGAAGGACUCCAGAAAGGUUUCAAAAACAUGAUGGUAUGCUAAGCAUACUGACUGGCACAUCUGUGUCUUUUGCA